GUAAAUAUAGGGACACUAUCAUAUGAGGGCUUUUUUCCAUUCUGCAUCACCCACAACUGCUGAACCUCGGCUGGGCUCCCUUGGAAUGUCAUGAAAAUCCCACAGCUGAAGCAGCCUUUCUGAGGGUCUCAGCAGGAGGCACUGGGAGACAGGAACACGCACUGCAAGCUGCAGAGAGAGGUUGAGGAUGUUUGGGACCUGCCUGGUGGAAGUGGCCAUGUCACGGGUAACUCAUGCACGCACCUUCCCAGUGAGCUUCCCUCUGCUGAGCCUUGUCCUGGUGCUGCUCUUCCAUGCAGGGGGCACACACGCGGAAAGCCCCAGUGAACUGCCCGCAAACGACACCGAGGAGUGCGCUGGCUCCUACAUCUGCAAAAAGGGUGUGAUUUUACCAAUAUGGGAACCCCAGGACCCCUCGUUUGGGGACAAAAUCGCCCGGGCAACGGUGUAUUUUGUAGCAAUGGUGUACAUGUUCCUGGGAGUAUCCAUCAUAGCUGACCGCUUCAUGUCCUCCAUCGAAGUCAUUACGUCCCAAGAGCGGGAAAUAACCAUCAAGAAGCCCAAUGGCGAGACCAGCAAAACCACUGUGAGGAUCUGGAACGAGACUGUUUCCAACCUCACGCUGAUGGCCUUGGGCUCGUCUGCUCCGGAGAUCCUCCUGUCUGUUAUUGAGGUGUGCGGCCAUGGCUUCACGGCGGGGGACUUGGGGCCAAGCACGAUCGUGGGGAGUGCUGCCUUUAACAUGUUUGUCAUCAUUGCAAUCUGUGUGUACGUGGUGCCAGAUGGAGAGAUAAGGAAGAUCAAGCACUUGCGAGUGUUUUUUGUCACAGCAGCCUGGAGCAUCUUUGCCUACACUUGGCUUUACAUUAUUUUAUCUGUGUCUUCUCCUGGGAUUGUGGAGGUUUGGGAAGGUUUGCUCACCUUCUUCUUCUUCCCCAUCUGUGUGGUGUUUGCCUGGAUAGCUGACAGGAGGCUGUUAUUUUACAAGUACGUCUACAAGAAAUACCGAGCUGGCAAGCAGAGAGGGAUGAUCAUCGAGCAUGAGGGUGACCGGCCCUCUUCCAAGGCUGACAUCGAGAUGGAUGGAAAGGUUGCUAAUUCUCAUGUGGAGAACUUUUUGGAUGGGACACUAGUGUUGGAGGUGGACGAGAAAGACCAGGAUGACGAGGAAGCCAGGAGGGAAAUGGCUCGGAUCCUGAAGGAGCUGAAACAAAAGCACCCAGACAAGGAAGUUGAACAGCUCAUAGAGUUGGCCAACUACCAGGUCCUGAGCCAGCAGCAGAAGAGCAGGGCUUUUUACCGCAUCCAGGCCACUCGGCUCAUGACCGGCGCGGGCAACAUCCUGAAGAGACAUGCUGCAGACCAGGCCCGCAAAGCCGUCAGCAUGCACGAGGUCAACAGCGAGGUGACCGAAAAUGAUCCCGUCAGCAAACUCUACUUUGAGCAGGGCACCUACCAGUGCUUGGAGAACUGUGGCACCGUGGCCCUGACCAUCGUCCGCCGGGGAGGAGACCUGACCAACACAGUGUAUGUCGACUUCCGGACAGAGGACGGGACGGCCAAUGCUGGCUCUGACUACGAGUUCACUGAAGGGACAGUGGUCUUCAAGCCUGGAGAGACCCAGAAGGAAAUCCGUGUUGGCAUAAUCGAUGAUGACAUAUUUGAGGAGGAUGAGAACUUCCUGGUCCAUCUCAGCAACGUCCGAGUGAGCACCGAGGCCUCAGACGAGGGUGUUCUUGAGGCCAGUCGUGUCUCAACACUCGCCUGCUUGGGAUCACCAUCUACUGCCACCGUCACCAUUUUUGACGAUGACCAUGCCGGCAUCUUCACCUUCGAGGAGCCAGUAACACACAUCAGUGAAAGUGUAGGAACCAUGGAAGUGAAAGUGUUGCGAACCUCUGGAGCGCGAGGAAAUGUUAUUGUGCCCUACAAAACCAUUGAAGGCACGGCCAAAGGUGGAGGAGAGGACUUUGAAGACACCUGCGGGGAGCUGGAGUUCCAGAAUGAUGAGAUAGUCAAAACGAUAUCGAUCAAGGUGAUAGAUGAUGAGGAGUAUGAGAAAAACAAGACCUUCUACCUAGAGAUCGGGGAGCCCCGGCUGGUGGAGAUGAGUGAGAAGAAAGCCCUGUUGUUGAGUGAGCUUGGUGGCUUCACCAUCACAGGGAAACUCUGGAAUGGCAAACCUGUCUUCAGGAAGGUCCAGGCUAGAGAUCAUCCUCUUCCUUGCACCGUGGUCUCCAUCCAAGAGGAGAAUGAAGAAAAGCAGCCACUGACCAGCAAGGAGGAGGAAGAGCGUCGGAUCGCAGAGAUGGGGCGCCCAGUCCUGGGGGAGCACACCAAACUCGAGAUCAUCAUUGAGGAAUCCUACGAGUUCAAGAACACGGUGGACAAGCUCAUUAAGAAGACGAACCUGGCCCUGGUGGUUGGCACAAACAGCUGGAGGGAGCAGUUUAUUGAGGCCAUUACUGUCAGCGCGGGGGAAGAUGACGAUGACGAUGAAUGUGGGGAGGAGAAGCUGCCCUCCUGCUUCGACUACGUGAUGCACUUUCUGACCGUCUUCUGGAAGGUCCUUUUUGCCUUCGUGCCCCCGACAGACUACUGGAAUGGCUGGGCUUGCUUCGUUGUCUCCAUCCUCAUGAUUGGCCUCCUGACAGCUUUCAUUGGUGACCUGGCAUCCCACUUUGGCUGCACCAUCGGCUUGAAGGACUCGGUCACUGCAGUCGUGUUCGUCGCACUGGGGACAUCGGUGCCAGACACAUUUGCCAGCAAAGUAGCAGCAACGCAGGACCAGUACGCGGACGCCUCCAUCGGGAACGUCACCGGGAGCAACGCUGUGAAUGUUUUCCUGGGCAUUGGGGUGGCCUGGUCCAUCGCAGCCAUCUACCACGCGGCGCACGGACAAGCCUUCCAAGUCUCCCCUGGCACGCUGGCCUUCUCCGUCACCCUCUUCACCAUUUUUGCUUUUAUCAGUGUGGGAGUGCUGCUCUACCGGCGGAGACCCGAGAUUGGAGGUGAGCUGGGCGGGCCGCGGACUUCCAAGCUGCUCACAUCCUCACUCUUUAUCCUCCUCUGGCUCUUGUACAUAUUCUUCUCAUCUCUGGAAGCCUACUGCCACAUAAAGGGCUUCUAAAGGGACAAUCAGAGAUAGUAAAUAUGUGUAUAUCUAUAUAUAUCUAUAUAGAGUGAUAUAUAGGUAUAGAUAUAGAUAUAAAGCUGUGUAUAAUGAACAGAGAAAGAAUAAAAGAGAUUUGCCAUGUUCACAUACCUGCUGAUGGAAAGCGGCUUUGGAGCAUCCUUUGAACUAGGCAGGACCCCAAAGCCAGCAGGACCCCUCCCCAGGCAGCAGCCCCAGCCAGGAGCCAGGGGCAGGGCCCUUUCUGCAACUCGACCAACAGGAGCGGCCGAUGGCCACUGAGCCCCUUCCCGUCGCUGACUCCCACCCGCCGGCCCCCGGGAAGACAGAUGUGAUGGCGACCGGGGUGCGUCGGUGUGAGGAAGGCCAGAGUAGCUGGUGAGAAACAGAGCAGUGGGCAAGGGAAGGAGAGGAAAGCAAGGGUUCUGAUCUCCCACCGCCAUCCAGCUGCCUUCACCACUCGGGAACAGGCCCUCUGGCCCUGUUGGAGAGGAGCAAGAGACCGAACUGAAGACAAGGGGAAGCUGGGAGCUUUCUAAGGAUAGAACACAAACCGUUUUUGUCAUUGAUUUGGGGUUGGUUUUUUUGUUUUGUUUUGGCGUGUGUACAACUAGCAUUUCCCACCCACAUGCCCCUCACCUUUCCCUGUCCAUGCUUUGGGGGUGCACAGCCGCAGCCUCGUGUCCGGUGUCCCAAGCCGAGGCUGCGCGGAGCGGCGGGAGCCUUCCUCCCACUCCUCCGCCUCCUCGGGCAUGCUGUCGUGGUACUUGUAACAUUUGCAUGAAUGAAAUGAAAUCUAUCUGUAUAUAGCAUCCUAUAGCGGUAGUCCUUCCAACCAUGUGGGUUGAGCAUUGCAGAUUACAAGCAUUUUCUUUUCACUGGGUUUUAUUUAUUUUUAGUUAGUUCGGUUUUGCCAUAGGGUUUUGCUUGUUUGUUUGUUUGUUUCCUCUCAGCGGGGGCGGAAAGGAUGGAAAGCUGUCCCCACUUACUGCUUGUGGCAUGGGUCCGUGAGAAGCAAUAACAGCCGUGCAGCUGGAGGUUUUUAGGAGAGGAAAGCCCGCACCCCAGAGACUGCAGGCCCUGCCCAGCUCUGUGGAUGGGGUCCUCUGAUGAGCUGAAGCCAGUGUGAAGGCCUCCUCUGUCCACAGGAGGUUUUACACGAGGUCCCAGGGAGCCCGAGUGGGGUGAGCAGUCUGAGGGGAGCAAGCCUGGCUGACUCCCAGCACCUCACGUGCUUCUGCCUUUCGAGUCGGUGGCUGCCUCAAAGCCCUUGGCCCCCUGCUAUUCCCUGUAUCCCCAGAGGUGUAGUGACAGCCCGUUUCUGAGUGUUAAGCCAUCAGGACCGGUCCCCAAAGCUGGUCUUUUCCCACAGCCAUUUGGAGGCAGAAUAAUCCAAGGUAAGGGCUGAAGGGCUAUACGAGAUCUCCCACUCCACUGAGUGUGACCGGGAAGCAUCCCCCCAGGAAAAGGCUGUGUUUUGCACUCUCCAAAUCCAAAAUCACUGGACAGGAUGAGACAGGGAGGUGUAACUCAGCAUCACUCCCCUGUAGCCAGGAGUGCAGGCUGGGGUAGAGAGUCGAGCCAGGGAAAUGUGGGUGUAGAGCUCCCCAGGGCACAGCGCAGGGGAGGCACUGGGCACUGGUGUUGAGAGAUACCUUCUCACCCCAUGCCCUUUGCCUGGCUCCCUGAUGCUGCAGCCAGGCAAACUCCCAGCCUGCAUGUCUGUGGUGAGCUCUUCCCACUCAGCUGAAAACCAUGUCUGAUGCUUGUACCAUAACCAGCUGGCUGGGGGUAUCUGUACUCAUUUUGAACUAUCUGUGGAAAUUUUAAUUAACCUGCUGUAAGGUUUUCUCUAGGAAUAUGAAGUUGUGGGGUUUUUUUUUUCUUCUCGAGCCUUUUUUCACUUUUGAUUUGUUUUGGGGUUUUUCUUUUUUGUUUCUCAUUGUUUUGGGGGAAAAAUCAAACACAGGUGCAGGUUGUUCAGGUUUGUGAUUACCUUUAUGUACAAUGAUUUCAUUUUCAUCUGUUUGGCUUCAUUUUUUUUCUUUGUGUGUAUUGCCCACCACUAUAGGCAGUGAGUCCACUAAUUGUGAUGAUCCUUAUCAAUGGUACACAAUGCACAGAGAAAUAAAGUUUGUAAUGAUUCCUGAUGGAUCCAGUACUGCUCCUGCAUAUUCUCUAUGGAAAACCCUUCUCUCCCGUCCAGUUGUUUCCCCUUUGUACCCAUCUCUCCUUGACUCAUUGGCUUGCCUUCACCGUGUUUCUGCCACUGACAGGGGCAGUGGUGCCUUGGCACAGCCGCUCCUGCCCUAUCUCAUGCCCUUCCUCCCGCUCCAUCUCCAUGGUGCCUCAGGCUCGGUGCGUGCUGCGGUGCAGCUGGGGCUCACAGCCCACUCUAUGCUCAGGGGGAUGCAGGAAACCACCCAGGGACAAAGCUGCAGGGCAACCCACCCUCCUGGGGCCAGGAGCUGCUCCUGUGCUGCAUCUCUGGCCAGUGCUGGCUUGCCCUAGGCUUGGGGAGAGCCGUGGGUGUGCCCCCAAGGUACUGAGCAGCUCUUUCUGCUUGUGUCUUCUAUAGAACUGCUCCUGCUGCAGCCUCACAGUGACCUGUGCUGGGUUAAGCCAUGAGCUAACUAUGAGGGAGAAUGCACAAGAUGCAUUACCAGGACAGGGUCCAUGGGUGCCAAAGCAGAUCUGAGACACCCCACGAGGCUGGGCUGCUCUCAAGAAGUGCCUGCCCGUGCCCCAGUCCAGGUGCCGUGGGCCGUUUCAGACCCAUGUGCCUCGACACAGCUCAGCCAGCACUGAGGAGGAGAAAAGUCUCCCCAUGCCCAGGCAUGUUGCUCCUCCCUGUGUUUCAUCCAGCAUCUGUUGAGCUGUCCCCAGAUAAACCCUCCCUGCAACGCUUGGGAGGUCCUGCUCUGACAGCUGAACUCAAUCACCAGCUCUGGAGAUGGGUCCCAGGCAAGCACUGCCUUCAACACUCCCCAAGCCACAGAGAGCGUGGCCAGUGAUGUCCGUGUGCUUUUCCAGACAGCGGAUUGUGAAAGCAAAGCAGCUCUUCUGACCCAGUAAUUGCAUCUGCUGAAAGGUGAUCUUGGUAUUUCCCCCUCAUCAUUUGCUUCUUCAGAAUGAAUUGCCAUCGCUGAAGUAAUUAACAAGUCAAAUGGGACUCGUGUAGCCACUCAGGUUAGCAGACAGUGAAUAACUGUUCUGCUCACAGAGCUUUCCAAAGGGAAAAGCAAGCAGUGCUUGCUUAGGACAAGGCUUAAAUCACAGGCUAAACACCAGCCCUGUUGAUGCAGUUGCUCUCUGCCCACUGUGUGCUUUUGGGCAUCUCUAACAAGGCUGUGCACUGUGUGAUGUGUUGCGUGCCCAGUGGCUCAUGGAGGGGUCAUGGGGGAGCAGCAAGGGGGAGCACCAAGCCCCCAUGUUCCCAAGGGUGCCCCAGCGUUCCCGAGGGUACCAGGCCUGCUCUUGUGCACAGUCUCCUCCUUAAACCACGCUCUCCAAAGGGAGAAGAGAACUGCCCUCCCCCAGGAGACACUGGCACUGGCUGGCAGUGCUGGGGUGCAGCAGGAGGAAGCACAGUCCCCAGCACAGUCACGCCUUGUCACAGCUCAGCUCCCUGGAUCCCCUGUCUCAUGCCAGAACUCUCCCACCUCUUCCUCAUCCAGCCUCCCCACCCUCCCUCACAUGGGCAGAACAUCGAGCAUCUCUGAUAAAGGCCUGGGUUUAUGGAUGUUGCCAGAAGCAGCAGUUCAAACCCUCGGCCUCCAUCCAUCUGCCCCAUUUGCUCUCAUCCCCUCUCAUCACCCCACCAGCCAAAGGCAAACCUUUCCAUGGAAAAGGAUGCAGCACGUGUCCAUGUGCAAAGGCCAUUCAGAGACAGGCACCCAAAUGACUCCACAGGCCGCUGCCAAGCACUUGAGGACAAGCAGAAGGAACACACUCGUGACAGCGCUAACCAUCUUGGACAAACCAUAUUCCCAGCUCGUCAGGGCUCAGUGGGAGUGGAGGCGAAUCCCCGUCACAACCUGAACGCUCGGAAAAGGCGCAAACCAGGAAAGAGCGGCAGCUCUGCAGUGCCUCAUGGCUGGGCCCACCCAAACCGCCGCCCGUGCCAGGGCAGCACAGGAACAGCUCCAUCCCGAGGUGUGACUCCCUCAUCUCCAACCCAACAAGGCUCCUGCCCCUGUGCCACCCCGCUCCAGGCAGCCUGUGAUGCCUCUGGGGCGAGGGGUGAUCGCAAGAGUCAUUAGUGCAUCUUCAUCCCUGCUCCCUGACAGGACAGAGGGGAGAAGGGAGGCCUUGAGGCCGCCGUGGUCACGAGCCUGGCUGUGAACUCGCUGCACUAUUUCUGCUACGGGCAGGGACUGGAGAACCAGAGCCCCUGUGUUAUUGUUACAGCUAUUUUUAAAUUCUCGGGUAAGAAUCGUCGGCAUUGGUGGCCAUAUACAUAACGCAGGAGGAGGUUCAGCUACGUCCCUGGAGGGACAGAGCUGGGCAUAGCCGGAAAGUGACAGAAAACUUAACGCUGGAUGCUCUAAUUCCAAGACAAAGCCCUGCGUUAUUUUCUGUAGGCUUUGGCACCCAAGCCCAUCUGGAGAAAUGUGUUUGCAGAGCACCAGGAACCUCUCUGGCCUCUCUGAGCAUGCAGUGACCAACUACUGAUGCCUCUACACAUGCUCAGCACAGCUGUGGAAAAGCCUGUUUAUCUUGUAAAAAAUUGACUAGCGCAGGAAAGCAUCCAGAGGCGUCCGUAUUCUUGCAAAAAGCACCAAGGGACAAUAAAUACAGUGAGAUUCCUCACCUUUUAAGGACUUGAGCCUUUCUGCUGUUGGAACUGGAGGUGCCAAGAACCUCUUGCCAGCCAGCAGCACCCCUCACACAGAGGGAAGGGACACUUUGAGGGAAAGGGGCCUGCCUGGCCAAGUAGGAGCUGUUAUCAGCACAGAUAGACAGGAGCUUGCUGCUACUAGCAGGAUUUUCUGCUUGUGGUAUGUCCCUGAGAGCAUCCAAGGAGUCUCCACGGGGUCUUGCUCUCUCUCUGGAGCAUCUUGAGAACAGCCAGUCCUGCCCCUGGGACCCAGUGCCCCCAGGGUGGUUCACCCCCUUCUCCUGCAGUCUCUGCACCCUCCCUUGGCUCCUUCCCCUUUCCCAAAGGGAAUGCCAGCUUGGGGCUGCCCUCAUUAGAAGUGUGGAAGAGAGCACUGGGGCACCCACUGUUCCCAAAGCAGGUGCUGUGGAGCACUGCUGGAGCUGGGGGGGAUGCCCAGCAUUGGAGGGCACCAGGAAGGGACAAGUGCCAUGGGGUGCCACCCAGAUCUGGAAACCUUGUCUCAAGCACUGCCACAGCAUGUCCCCUGCCCUGGCUGCCAUGGGCAUGGACAUGCACCUCAAUUUCUGCACAGGUAUAGCACAGCCUCCUUUUUUGGCUUUUUUGGCCCCUGGACAGCUUUUUGGCUGUCCAGAGGCACCAAUCCCGGACAGUAUUUUUUAUCUCCUUUGAUUCAGAGCAGCCCUCAGCCUGUCAUACUGCACCAGGAAAGCUUUCUGCUCCUCCCUGUAUGCAGCCCCACCCCAGUUCAGGUGGCAAUGGGAAGGACCAUUAGUGAUGCACCAUUAGUGACCCCACCUGGUGCUGGGGUCCUCCAGGUUCUGCCUUGAGCCAUCCCGAGGUCCCAAAAUCACUGUCUAUGCACAGUGACAGUCCAGCCUGGGGCUUGCUCUGUGCUUGCCUCCCCUGUGAAGCCUUUUCACAUGCCAUCUUCUCCCAAGCUCCCUGCAGAGAAGCAUUCUCUGUCCCUCCUGCCCCACAGCUGGGGCAUUCCUGUGUGGGACACUUUCCUUUUCUCACUGCACCGAAAAAUUAUUCUUGUUAGCUCAGCCUCGCUGUCUGUAUCUCAAGGCUGGACUUGAGCCCCUACAAACCAAGGAGCAGGCAAACUUCCACAAAAACCCCGGCAUGCUGAGCCCCUCCCAUUCAUCACCCGGGCACAGGCACAGCCACUACCUGCAGGCACAGUUUUUAUUGUGCCACUGCCCCUUGCUCAUGAGUCUGUGGCAGAUUAAACAUUUUUGGUGGAAUUUCCAUUAUCGAGUCCUACAGAUGCUCCAACUCCACCCCCCAACCCAAACGUGCCUUGACAUUUCCAAAACAAGCUGAUUUGCUUUACCUGGGGGUUCAAGACUUUCCUGCCCUUGCUUAAAAUGGGCAGAGUUUAAGUAGAGCAAGUUGCAAUGGCUUGGGAUGCUUAUCCACACUUAGAGCUCCUAAACCCUUGCAGGACAUGGGAGACUGCCGCAGAGCUCUCUCCCUGCACCUCCCGACCUCUUUGUUGAGGUGGGAUUUAUUUCUUCUCCAUUAUUUCCAGCCCAGAGGAGUCUCUUUGCAGAUGCCAGGAUGAGACCUGCGUGGAGCACAGCCUUGCUCUGUUUGCCUGAUGGAAAUUGCCAUGUCCAUGGCACUGCCAUCCCCAAGAGCGUGUCCCCCUCUGCCCCAGCCCACAGGCCCUGGCAGGCUCCUCGCUCGCAGAAGUGUGAGAUUCUGGCAGAUGAGCUUCUUUGCAGAGAUACUUGGAAACGUGCAGAAUUUCUAAGUCCCUGUAAAAUUGCUGUGCUGGCGCGGGCAAGGUUGAAUCCCAGUGGUGCAAACGUGUCCCAGAGCUUAUUUGGGAACAUUAAUGAAAGGUUUUGCAAACGAGUGGCUUUGUGAUUCCCAGGGAUGUAGGGAGGUGCACAAGCGGAGUUCUCCUUGUUCUGCGUAACGCUGAGAUGCCUCCCUUGCCCUUUGCCUUCAGCUACAGCCCUGUGCACUGCCCUGGCCUUUCCUUGCAGCGUGGGCUGUGAUGAGCUGCCCCUUGGCUGAACUCCCCCUGCUCAAAGGAGAACGGACUGGUGCCUGUUUGUGUCUUCGUUCGCUUGCCCCAUGUUGCCUCCUUCAUCUUGAGAGCUCUUGAGAAAAAUGUGCCCAUGCAGGGAGCCUUGCAGGAGCCCUGCUUGUCUUGCUCUUAAUCAGGAAACAUGCUCUGCUCUCUGCAGCUCCAGACAGCAAAAGAUGGCAAUAAUACCUCUUACAUUACAGGCACUGCGUUAGCAAGGAAGAAAAUGUUAUUUAUUUUUUCCCUGACAAUACUUGUCCUACUUCUUUUUUCCAUAAUGCAUUAAGCAUUAGGAGGCACAGCUCUGCACACAGUCCAGCUCUCAAGACUACCUGUUGAGGACAUUGCUCAGCAAUCCAGCAGUUUUAUUUGUGGAUGAAGGGCAGAAGGUGGUGAAUUCUCCUACAAUUCCUAGCUCCUGCUGGAAGACACACAGCCAUGCUGGCAAAACCCACAAAACACAGGGUUUUGUAAAAUGCAGUCUUUGUAUCCUGCGUCUCUGUGCCAAGAAGACCUGGCAUGAGGUUGUAAAAUCCAAAUCAUGAACUUCCUGAACACCACUCAUCAGAGAUGGGCAUCUUUAUCCCUACUGCUGCCUCCAGGCUAUCCGGAGAGGUCUCUGGCACACCUGGUGUUCACCUCUUGUGAAAGUCACCGCUAAUCAAGCGAGAAGAGGACGUGGAGUAGACAGACCACAUUCUACCUCCCACCCCAAAUACAAGCCCACAGGAUAUCCCCAGCAAAAAGCAGUCAGACUGCCAGGAGCACAGCAGUCCUUGGGAAACCUCACCCACCUCAAAGGCAAGCAGGUUCCCCAUGGUGCUCGCUCCACGCUGCUCCCCACAUCACUGCCAUGAGGGAGGGGCUGCUCGCAGCUCAGCAUCCUGCAGGCACAGGCAAAGGAGACACCUGGGCUCCCCAGGCUUGCUCGUGGGAGCAUAAGCCAGAGAGGCCUGCAGGGAGUGGCCAUAAUAUUUCAAAGGAGAGAUAAAUGAGAUGGGAAUUAGUAAAAAAAAAAGAUAGUAGCAGUAAUUUAGAUCCAUCACUUAUUUUCCGCUGUAAUGAAGUGCCCCAAUUAUCUUGAUGCUUGAGUGACCACUCCAGUUCUCAAAAGUAAUUUCCACACACUUGAACAACUGCUCCUCCUUCUAGAGUAACCAUCUCAGAAAGAAACACAUCUUUUCUUGGCAGUAAUUCUUGUCAGCAGCUUCUCACACUGUCCCACUCAGGAGUGGAGGGACACUCGGGCAGAGAGCUGCCUGCACAGCCUGUCCCAAGGUUGCUGGACAUUCCUCACACCAAGGGUCCCCUGGAACAGCAGGAUGCAGGCGGGAGAGAGCUCAAACUGGCUCGCUGGGCCUGAGAAGUGAGGGGGACAGCUGGUGGUUGGAUGCAGCCCAUGAGGGGAGGCAGGCAGCAGGCGUGUGGUGACUCUCCUCACGGGCACCCCAUGCCAGGGUGGUGGCUGGGGACAGCACUACCAAGGCAAGUUGUCCCCUGGAAUUUUGGAUGUGCUGCAGAAAGAAUGGCUCUCACUUUCCUGGUCUCCUCUGACAGCCACCAAUCUCUGACAGCCACCAAUGUGCCCCUGCUGAGCAGCCCGAGGGGAGCUCCCCGUGGCCCCCGGAGCAGCACGGGGCAGGCAGGCGGGGAGGAGGCUGCAACCACCCUUCCUGACGCACCCAAAGCCACCUGCCACAGUCAUCCUGUCACCCACCACCCUGUGUGUAUCCCCCCGACAGCCACAAGGCGCUCUAGGGCAGACAGACAUCUUGUGCAAACCUUGACAGAGAGAGAGAGAUCUCUGACAGCCCAACCAGCCCCCUGGUCCCCCCACCAGGGACAGGGCAGGCAGACCCCAGCUGGACAGAGCCAAAUUAUUUCAAAGCUGGGCUGAGAGUUUGCAGGAGAACUGGUUUGCCUGGAGACAGAAACCAGAGCAUGGGUCAUAAAUUCAACUCCACCUUCCCUCUGCCACCUGCGCCGUGCUUGGUGCCGUGAGCUGGCGCUGCCCCAGCGAUGCGGAGCCCUUGUGCCCCAAGCUGAGGGUCGCCCCUGGGCUCAGCAGCUGGAGCCCCCCAGUCUCUCUGUCUCUGUCACAGUUCCUCACAAAUUCAAUGGCACAAUGCAGCUACACUAUUUGAAAAGCCAUAAUAUUUGUUGGUACGACUCUUUUAUUACUGUCAAUUUAUAUAUAUAUUUGUUGAUAAAAGAGGUCAUCUUGGGAGACACUUCCAGUCUACUGGGAAAUAAUUGUCCGAUGCUGUAUAUUCUGUACAUGCUGUAUAAACAAAGCAAAAUAUGUAAAUCUAAAUGUUCGGUGGACUCGGUGGCACCUCCUGCAGGGGGAGAUUGGGACCAGGCAAGGCCCCUUGUUGGGCCACCACGGCUGGGGCGCGGGGUCCCAGCAGAGUCACCAUCCCGCUGGGCCUUGGACACGGUCUGGGGCAGGAUCUGGCCACAGUGCAAGGGCAAAGCCUGCGGCUCCCUCGGUGGUUCUCCCCACACGAAGGUGAAAGGGGGCAGCUUUGGGAGCAAGAGCGGCCGCACUCGACCUCCCUCCCGGGGCACAGCACGAGGCCGGGCACGGCCGGAUCCAUCGGGAACUCUCAGCGCAGCACGCCCGGCGUCAGCCACCUACUCCCCAGGGAGGACACCCCUCAGCCACCACCCAGCACGACAUCUCUAAGCCUUAGGGGUCCGAGAGAGACAAUUCCCUGUGGGGAGACGGCUGGUGACAGCAGAGACUGGCUCCGAGCAUCCGGCUUCUCCAGCUCCUUCCCACGCCAAUCCCAGCUGCCCUCCUUGGUGUGUUUUACAGCAGCCAUGAGCUGUGCCCUUCUAACCCGACACACGCUGUUAGAAAACCUGUUUCAUAUUUUCCGUGGUAUCAAUCUACAACUUUUGAAACUAUUGGACACAGUCGUGGUAGCCUAAAAGUUGUGCUGAGCUCAUAUAUUUUUAUAUUUGUGGUGUUUUCCUAUCAAUAGAGAGUAGUGAACCCUAUAGCUGAAAGUGAACUAUUCAAAAUAAAUAUAUGACUGCAGAAAAUCUUUGUAAAAAUAAUUUAUUUGAAAUAUUCUGCCAAAGAUAGCUCUCUAAUGAUCUGUAAGAUGUCGUUUCUCUCUUUUUGCUCUGAAUGUCAUUGUGAAAGAACUUUUCUCCCCAUAUCUUUUGAAGAUUUUUUUUUUUUUUUUUUUUUUAUUUUGUAUCUUUAAGGGCAAAGAAAUAUUCCAAUGAUUUUUUUACUAGAGCAGUAAAUAGAGUAGCAAGGAGGCACGAGACAACUUUGCAAAGCUGAUAAACAGGAUCCGGUAACAAUCACUCUGAAAAUCGGUUUCUCCCAUAGUUCCUCUGGCUGACAGAUGGGUUUUGAAGCCUAGGACAGCUGUCCAGCAGGAAGACCUUGGCUGCUGCUGCUGUGGCUGCUGUGUAGCUUACCCAAAGGAGAGAAAUCUCUCGAGAAUCCCAUCCCCAGGCUUGGGGCAUUUGGAUCCCCUUGCAUCCAAUCUUAGCCUCUUCAUAAUUUAUGGGCAUGAUUUAUUUAUUAGCCCUUAAUAGGCCCUGUGGCACAUGGGGAGCCCUCACCCACAGCUUUGUGGGGCUUCAGCCAUUCCCUCCACGCACCUGCCAGCAGCCCUGAAGCAGUGGCACAGGGAAUCCUGCUGGCAUCCAGAUCUGUCCCCUUCCUCACACGGGGGCAGGGCAGGGGACACCCAGCCACCAGGGGACACGAUACUUUAGCAAGAGGAUCCGUCCCUGCAGGUAUCCAGUUAAAACAGGGGGAAGUAGAGCCUUUUAGCAUGGAGAAGCUGCCUAGACAAGUCUUUUAGAAAUUACCUUUUUUUUUUUAUUAUAGAGAAUAAUCUUCUUUCCCUUCUUCAUUUCUCCCUUUUGAAAGAACUUUUCAAUACUAGGGAAAGCCUUCAUUAUCCUCUGUGAUCCCCAGGUCUGCUGCGGUGGAAAUAAAUCCUCAGCCACGUCUGUUAGGCUCCACCACUUCAAAGAGAUUUUUGGCUCAGACUUUUUUCCCUUCUGAGCAGAUUCACAGUUUCUUGAAUGUCUUGGUCAUAAAGGUCUGGACGAAUUAACUGGUUAAAAAAGGAAAUAAAAGCCCUGUUCCAGUGAAUGUGUUUCCACAAGCAAUUCAACUUUUGACUCCCCCUAGGUCAGGCACGUGUGUGUUUUAUUGGGAACGGAGAUGGGAAAAGCAGUUUCCAAGCCAUAAGGUGUGACGGGUGUGAUGGGAGAACUGCUGUCCGUGGGGUGUGGGUGGCACACUCUGCAGCCGUGGGAACCACGUGCCAGGGAAUCUUUGUUCCUCUGUGCAAGAGCUCUCUGAAUCCGGGGCUGCGCAGCUGCUGCGUCACAGGGAACGCAAGCGAGCCAGGGAAGACAAUGGUGAGAAGAAUUGGGUUUCUGAUCACUGUGCAUUUUGUUAAUUAGUGAAUUCAAAUAGUUUUAUUUUUACCAAAAACAGAUAAUCUUUAUUCCAGUAAAGACAACUGUUGACUUGAGAUAUAUAUAAAUAUAUAUAUAUAUAUAUAUAUUAUUUGAAUGGUUUAUAUCCUGUUGCUCUAACUACAUAAAAUGGAAACAUGUUGCAAGUUGUGUCAUUCCAAUAUACAAAAUAAAUUACUUUUCCCUGCAUGCUGCCUGGGUAUGUUGUGAUUUGAAUUAAGAGUUAUAUUUGAAUUGCCUUAUUCAAGAGGUUGUAUGUUACCUAACUGGGGAAUGACCUGGCACUGUUCAUCACAUUACAUGUGUACUUGAUGCUGUGUUAUGUCAAAUUCAGAUGAGUUGUCUGUCAUCUAUGUAUUUUGUGGGAGAUCUUUUAUCUUGUUAAACUGUGAUGUGUAAACCUUCAUUGCCUGAAAUAGUCACAGUUGUAUAAAUCAGUGUCUUCAGCUGUUUUCCUAAUUUUAACACAAUUCCUAACACAAAAUAUAGAUGUUUGUAAAUUCUUCA